UCUUCACGUUUUUGAUAUUUUCUUUCUUUCUUUCCUUUCUUUUCUUUUUCUUUUUCUUUUUUUUUUUUGAAAGAAAAUUCAACCAUUGUAAGUUUGUAACAAGCUUUUUAUUUAGACAGCAGUUGAUUCUCAAAAAUGAUCACCACACCUUUGUUCAAGGAUCAGGAUUCAGAGGACAAUAAUGAUGACAGCACACCCUCUCCGGGUGUUAGAUUUGAAGAUUUGGUGGCAGAUGAAGAGGAAGACCCUGAAUAUCUUGGCGCUCCAAUGUAUGAAUCUGAAUUGGCCCCGGAAAGGUACAAGGUAACUGCAAUGCAGAGUCCAAGGGAUCUCACAGUAAUCCCGGAGAACCACGCAAUGCCAGGUCAUACCAAUCUUGACAUGGAACAGGAGAAAGAUCAAAAGCCGCCUGGUCAGAACAAGACAUUACCCGAAGCCACGACAGAACUAGUAGCAGAUACAAUUCAUGAUAUUGCCACAAAGAUUCAAACCGGGCUAACUGUUGCAGUUGGGGGAGCUGCUCCGAAUGCUGCUCAUGGAACUGAUAAGGAGGCUACAGAAGAAUCUAGUAAAUCUACUACUGCUAGUAAUGAAAACGAGGAGGCUCAGAAGAAAUUGGAUAAAGCUAAUUCUUCCAAAGAGAAAAUAUGGGACAAAGGUGUUUCAGUAAAAGAGUAUAUAAUGAACAAGUUUGAGCCUGGGGAAGAUGAGAAAGCACUUUCUCAGGUAAUAUCUCAAGCAAUGAGCCCAAGAAGUCCUAGUGAUGUGGUAGGAAAGGUGAAAGAAGCCAUGAACUCUUUCCUCUGGAGUGAGAAGCCUGCCCAAUCUAAUGACAAUAUCUCACAAUCAGCUUCCAACUCCUUAACUAAUAUUCCUGUCUCUACAAAUGCCGGAGAAGCUCUCCCUUUUUCAUUUGCUGCCACUUGUGCAGCUUUGACACCACAACUCCAACAAUUUGUACUAUUUGUAUGAAGAGAAGCUUCCCCAUCCUCCUGCCAAUGGCUGCUGAUUGUCGAUCACUUUGCUUCUUGGCAGCUUUCUAUGCAACUUGAAGGCAGCAACCUGCAUCUUGAUGGACUUGCAACAAUCCACCCAAACGGACUCUUGCAGCUCACCAACUCCUCAAAGACAGAAAAGGGUCAUGCUUUCCACAGAUUCCCAUUACAAUUCAAUAGAUCUUCAAAUUCAGCUCCAUCUUAUUCAUUCUCAACAUGUUUUGUGUUUGCCAUGGUUCCAGAAUCACCUAGUCUCAGUGGCCAUGGGAUUGCCUUUGUCAUCUCUCCGUCUAGGGACUUCAGCCAGGCACUUGCAGGCCAAUACCUUGGACUUUUCAAUACUUCAACCAAUGGCCGUCCAACAAAUCAUGUAUUAGCAGUUGAGUUUGAUACGAUUUAUAACCCUGAUUUUGACAAUAUAAAGGAAAAUCAUGUGGGGAUCGAUGUGAAUGACCUGAAAUCAAAUGUAUCAGCUCCAGCAACAUAUUUUGCCAAGGAAGAAGGAAGGAACAAAAUCUUGACGCUUAUAAGUGGAGAUCCCAUGCAGGUUUGGAUAGACUAUGAUGAAGAAGAAGGGUUGCUGAAUGUAACUCUGGCACCAAUCACAAGCCUAAAGCCUGAUUGGCCUCUCCUGUCAAUUUUCAUUGAUCUGUCUCAAAUUUUCUUGGAUGAAAUGUAUGUUGGUUUCUCAGCAGCUACUGGUGAAGCUCCGAGUGACCACUAUAUUCUUGGAUGGAGUUUUUCCAAGAAUGGAAAAGCACAAAGCCUCAAAAUUUCAGAGCUUCCACAGCUCUCCACGCAUGAUGGAGAAAGUAAGAGGCCAGAAGGAUUGGUUAUUAUUUUGCUAGUAGCAGUUGUUGCGCUUGUAGCAAUCUCUGGAGCUGGUUAUCUUUUUUGGAGAAGAAAAUACGGAGAAGUACAUGAAGAAUGGGAGAGAGAAUAUGGACCUCAAAGGUUCUCAUACAAGAUUCUCUACCAAGCAACAAGAGGGUUCAAAGAGAAACAACUUCUGGGAUCUGGAGGAUUUGGAAAGGUAUAUAGAGGAACACUUCCUUCUGCCACUGCACAGAUUGCUGUAAAAAGAAUCUCCCAUGAUUCCAAACAAGGGAUGAAGCAAUUUGUCGUAGAGAUUGUAAGCAUGGGAAGACUAAGACACAGGAAUUUGGUGCAGCUCCUCGAAUAUUGCAGGUGAAAAGGAGAAUUUCUCCUGGUAUAUGAUUACAUGCCUAAUGUGUUGGAGAAAUAGGGUCUUAGAAAAUAAAUCAUUAGAUCAUUG